UCACAAAGACAUAAUAUACAAUACAUUAUUUUCUCCCUUCUUUUCUUUUCAUUUGUUCAUUUGUUCAACAACAAAAAAAAAAUGGACCAGAAUAAAUUCACAAACGUGCAAGGUAACUAUUUGGAAUUUCGUUGUUCACUUUUUUUUUAAUUUGAUUUUAGGUAUACAAAAUUUUUGUUUAAUUAAAGACUUUUUUUUUUUUUGAUAUAUGAAUGAAAGGUGGUAACGCACAAAUUGUCAAGAUUGGAGGGGAGAGGACACAAAAUAGAAGAGCACUUAGUGUUAUUAACCAGAAUUUAGUCGGAGCUCAUCGAUAUCCUUGCGUUGUUAAUAAGCGCGAAUUAUCAGAGUAAUCCUUGUUUCAAUCUUUAAUUAUUAUUUUUUGAUGGGUUUUUGUUUUAUAUAAUUUAUUUGGGGUUUUCUUUUUCGUGAUUUUAGAACAAACGGGAGGUUAGACCAUAAACGAUAAAUUUUAACUUUUUUUUUAAUUUUGUAUAUAGAUUUUAGUAAUGUCAAUGUCACUAUUGCUUAAUUAUAUUUUUGGUUAGUUAGCUGAUACAUAAAGUAUAAACUUUUAAAUGAAGGAAAUUUGGUGCUACACAAAUUGGUACCUUACGCCAACAUUACCUUGAGGUAAAUAAUUUCGAUCUCAUAUCACGUGAAAAGUUAAAAUGUAAAAGUUAAUUUUUUUUUUAAUUCUUUCUAAGUGUACUCAAAUGAUUUUGAACAGGAAACCAAGAAACCAAAACAAACUAUUGGAGAUUUUACGAUAUAAGAGGAACAUGACACAAAUGAAGCUCAACCAGUUCCUAUGUGUUUGGAACAACCUGAAUCAUUCUCAAAUGACAAGGUCACACAAAUUAUUAGAAAAUUUAUUUUUAAUUUUACUUUCUAGUGGUAUUAAUUUGUGUUGAUGUUCUAUAUAUGCGCGAUUACAAAUUCAGGAGGUGGAGAUUGAAAUGGAGGAUGUGUUUGAGGAGGCUUUAAUAGAUAUUGACAACGAUGAUGCAAAAAACCCUCUUGCUGGAGUUGAAUAUGUGGGAGAUUUGUAUGCCUACUACAGGAAAAUGGAGGUUUAUAGUUGUGUUUUAACAAACUAUAUGGAACAACAAUCUGAGAUCAAUGGGAAUAUGAGAGGUGUACUCAUAGACUGGAUCAUUGAGGUACAUGACAAGUUCGAGCUCAAGGAAGAGACAUUAUUUCUUACUGUUAAUUUGUUAGACCGAUUUUUAGAGAAACAAGUUGUUGCCAAAAACAAACUGCAGCUUGUUGGUCUCGUUGCCUUUCUAAUAGCAGGCAAAUACGAGGAGAUUUUACCCCCUCUUGUGCAGGAAUUGGUGAUUAUUUCGUAUGAAAACUACAACAAAAAAGACGUUAUUGAAAUGGAGAAAUUGAUGCUCAACACAUUGCAGAACAAUAUGUCCUUUCCAACUGCAUACGUUUUUAUGAGAAGAUUUCUCAAAGCUACUCAAGCUGAUAAAAAGCUAGAGGAAUUGUCUUUCUUUUUAAUCGAGCUUUGUCUCGUGGAAUAUGAGAUGCUGAUGAAUUCAUCAUCAUUUAUGGCUGCCGCGGAAAUCUAUACAGCUCAAUGCACGCUCUAUGGCGUCAAGGAAUGGAGUACAACUUGUGAAUGGCAUAUAGGGUAUUCACAAGAAUCACUUAUGAAAUGCACAAAAUUGAUAGUGAUGUAUCACGAUAAGGCAAAAACAGGGGGACUAAUAAGGGUGCAUAAUAAGUAUAACGCAUCCAAAUUUGGGUAUGUAGCAAAAGUUGAGCCAACAUAUUUUCUGGUCCAAGACUCUUGAGGAACAAACGUUACGCGAUAACAUCAUUAAACAACAGGAUAUAUCUUGUGCAAGUUCGAGUUAAUGACAUGAAAGAAGUUACUAGUAACUGUUUGUUGCCCUAGUGGUGGAUUUUGUUAGUACUAUUUAUUUUAUUUUUUCUUGAAAAACUCAUGACUUGUUUUAUUCAUGUUCAAUUUGGAAACAUACGUGGUUAUAAUUUAAUCAGGUUAUAUAAU